GUCCUGUUAUAUUGGCUUUCGAGAACAACAUGUACUCAGUCCGGGCAUAGUCUGAAUGACUGACUGUGUUCUCUGUCCAGCCCAGUUGCAAAUCAUGUUGGUUGACCAAGGAGAGGAAAACAAAGCUUGAGAUCCAAGAUGAAGGCAGAUUCAGAGGCUCCUCAAAAAGCUAAAAUAUUUUCACAAAUCUUUCUGCUUAUUUGCGUCAGUUUCUUCAACUCAGGUAUGUUGCAUCUUUUCCUUUAAACCUUGCUUUAAAAAGGAUGUUUCUAAACACAGUGGAUGCCAUUGUUUUUUUCCUUAACAAUGGUCUGAUGUUUCAUUGGGAUGUUUGUGCAAUGUGCAUGAACGAUUUGUGAAAGUUUAGUUCAUGCACAGCUUGUAUCAUUGUAAGUAAAGAUGAUUAAGGCUGAUGAUUUGUAGGCUACUCGUUUUUCUUCUUUUGUGUUUCCUCCAAUGUAAGAGAUGUUUUUAAAACUACAAAUUACAAAUCUGAUUUUGGAAAUAACCCUCUGCAAAUUACUAAUGCAGCAACCUAUUGGACGAGACCAUCUAUAUCACUCCGGGUAUUAAUGCUAAUAAACCCUCUUCUUUCUUGUAUUGUACACAAUACAUGGGUGGAAGAAAAUAUAAACGUUAAUGCUGCGUACUUCUUACAAAAACAAAAUGUCACAAAAUUUUCACAAAGAGAUCAGAUGUUCUUUUUUCAGUAUUAUGCAUGUUGUUUUAACAUGUCCAGUGUUAUCAUAAAUUAUGUUCGUCAGAAAGCGAAGGGUUAAAAUGACCAAGCUGUGACUGAAUAUUGCAUCACAAAGGUGGUAUUUGUUGUUGGGGUGUUGGAUUGCUUAGACUGUGUGGGAGCUUUAGCAGUCCUGUGGAUGCUCUUUGUAAGUAAUACAGCAAUUGUGCCUACAGCCAAUACCAGAACCAGUGUCUUCAGAUAUUUAGUUAUUUCAGCUGCGUCUCAUCACUGUUGCGCUAUUGUUGUGGUAAGCAGCAGAGUCACUGGGCAGUUCUGUUUCUGCAGAAAGCUAACGUGGCAUCUGGAUUGCCCCCCAGUGCUCUUUUCAUGAACUGCCAGGAAGGAAAUUUAAACAAACAAUCCAAGCUUUUGUUGGCUCAUGUUGGCCCAUCCCAAUGACUGACAGCUGUUGCUAUGGUAAUGUGGAUAUGCCAUGCAAGCUGGUUCCAGUAUACAGGAGUAACGGGGUGUGGUGCCUACACUAGCCUGCACAUAACUACUCCAUCUUCAUCUGUAUUCAGUUGAAAACAACAGAAAAGCAAAACAAUAAAAUAGUGCAACUUUUUCAGAAAUACUUAGAGACUUGGAUUUCCCAGAGCUUCUCUUCCAAACCCACGCUUUUCUUUCAAGGAGAAAACUGACGGGACCUAAAAUUUACAGACAUGAACUUUUCUGUCUUUGUCAAAAGUUUGUGAUUUUUGAUGCUCUUUGUGCUAGAAUAUUUUUUUCCGGCUCUUUGUGUACAAGCAUCUAAUAUGAAAAACCCAAUAACUGAUCUCUUACAAACACAAAUAUGUCAUACACAGCAAAAUAUAAUAAUGAUAUGCAGGAAGGUGUGUCCUUCAUGGAGCUGUGCAAAUAAGUGAAAGCUGUCUCAGUGUCAUGGUGCAAAGCUCAUCCUGUAUUAUGCACUUAACAAUACAUAUGGGUUGUAUUCUACAGGGGAGAAUAUGCAAUUAUUUAGGCUAUAUUGCAUAAGAGGAAGUGAUGUGCUGAAAAUAAGCAUGUAGCCUGCAGCACAGUAACAGACUGUUUGAUAACUGGUAUUUUUGUGUCACCCAUUUGGUUAUAAAUGGGAGUUUGAAAGUGGUUCACCAUAUUGGAAAUGCUGAUUAAACAGAGCUUAUCGGAGGCAGACCAUGGCUACAGUAGUCCUACACUGACUUCGCUGCUUUAUUUUUCAACCAAUCAGCAGCCAAGGUUCACUACAGGCUUUAUUACUAAGCCUGUUGCAUCAAGAAUAUCAAGUCAAAGAGAAAGAGAAAGAGAGGAGAACUACUACUCUUUUUAUGGCACUAACAUGAUCUAUGGUGUUUCUGUACAGGUGGGGUGCUGGCAGUGAAUAUGACUAUCCCCAACACUCUCAUUAGAGGUUCAGUAGGAGGGGAGGCCCUCCUGUCAGUCCGUUACAGCAGCUUCAGCCUCGACCUGCCGGUGAUCAAGUGGCAGCUCAGGAGGGAAAAAUCAGUCACUGUUGUCCAGUCUAUUGGAACUGACAUCAUUGGGACCCUGAGGCCUGAGUAUCGGGAUCGCAUCCUGGUGUUUGAGAAUGGGACCCUCCUUCUCCACAACCUCAGGCUCUUUGAUGAUGGAGUUUAUGAUGUUGAAAUCUCAAUCACGGAUGAUACAUUUACUGGAGAGGGCAGCAUCACUCUCACCGUGGAUGGUAAGAGGACUACUUUUAUCACCUGACUCUUAAACUAAUGCAGCAUCUAAGCCUUGGAAAAUACUGUAUCAAGAAAAAAACAGCAUUGUUGAACUUUCAUGGGUUCUUUACAAGUGCUGAGUUGGAACAUUUCAAACUCUAGAGGUUGUAGUGUACAGUAGCAUAUUGCUGCCACACACAUAGAGAACAGGUUAGUUCCAUGUUAUACAAGGGAAGUAGUACGUACCUAUAAUAGGGUUUAUUGUAACUCAUACAGUAUAAUUAACCAACCAGAUAAAAUCAUUUUGUUUUUGUUUUUUUUAUUUCUUGUGUCCCUCAUCUCUUAUUUCUAGAAUCCAUUUCCAGGCCCUACAUCCAUCUGGAGUCAUCUUCGGUUCUGGAGCUCAGUGAAAAUGUCGUCCUCAAUUGCUCCCAUGACAAUGGCACCAGGACCACAUACAGGUGGUUCAAAGGGGGGAAACCGCUGAGCAAUAUGACGAGAUUUGUGUUGUCACCCGACCAGAAGCUUCUGACCAUCACACGGGUGGUGAUGGCUGAUGAUGACAUCUACAGCUGCACUGUGGAGAAUCCUGUGGGCAAUGGGACAAGUCUGCCUCUCAGACUGACUGUCUACAGUAAGCCAUGCCAUCUUAUUAGUUGAUUAAUUUACUCACCAGUAACAUGAGCCAUGUAAAGUAUUUCUUUGUAUUUAGAGGGGUUUUUUUUCAUGUUAUAUUUCAUGUUAUCAGUUUUCUUACAAAACUAAUGGAUUCUGAUAGUUAACAGGAAUUUUAAUUGUUUGAUGAAAAAUCUGAAAGAGAGUGGCUCAGCCUAAAAAAAGAGACUCUUCUGCUUUACCUGCUCAAACAGACCUUUUUUGGAUAAUGCACAGUGAGUAGGUGGUUAUGUAAAACAGGUUCUUGUCAGGGUGUGCAGAAUCUAGACCAGAACAGGAGACAAAUUCUCAACUCAACUCAACUUCAUUUAUAGAGCACUUUAAAAACAACCAAAGCUGACACAAAGUGCUGUACAUAAUAACAUAAAAACACAAAACAACAAUAAAUAGUUGUUUUAAAAUAUGAUAAAAAGCAAUAAAAGAGCAAUAAAACAAAUGCCGUCUCAUGCUGGGUCAAAAGCCAAGGAGUAAAAGUGGGUUUUAAUACAUGAUCCUGCUCAUUGCCCAGCUACAAAUCUAAGGUACAAACAGGUGAACAUGAUAUCUUGUUUUAGAGAUGAUUGUAUUUAUUUGAAAAUUAUUAAUGCAACUUAUAGGUGUGAUGAAUUAACAUUAAACUUGGCAUUUAUGUUCAAUGUGUAAUAAUAUGUAAUUUGCAUUAAACUGAACAUUUCAACUUAGGCACAGUCGAUGAGAUUUAUUCAAGAAUAAAAAUGAUAUUUAUCCUUUAGCUCUCUUUCCUCUCUGGGCAGUGGAGUUGGCACACUUUUAAACAUAAAUGAGGCAAAUAUUAAUUAGCAGCAACAUAGAAAGCUCUGCUGCUGUUGCCUGAAGUGCAGGCCAGGGUCUAAAAAUAUCCUUAAUACUAUUUAUCCUGCCAAUCUAGCAGACUGAUAGAAACAAAUAUUUUUGCUUUUGCGUCCACAAACAGGUGAGAUGAAUUGGAACCCCUUUCUGGGUAUGGAUUUGACACGGAGUGGGAUCAGGCAAUUGCCCUUGCAAUGGCCUGUCAUGGGGUUGUCAAGUAUUAAACACAGCUAGGUGAUUAGUAAUGUCAGGUAAUAAAAUGUAAGUAGUAAAACAAUGCUAUUAGCCAAUGAAAAUAAAAUUGAUAUGGGUCAACAAAAACAGAUUUCAUAUGCCGGGAUACUCAGCUCAUUUGGCCAAUCAACUCAACUUUAAUAUGGCACAGUAGUAUAAAUAUAUGCACAACACUAUAAACUUUAAAAUCCCAUCUUAUAUUUUGUGGCUUGUGCUGUUUACUGUUUAAGUUUUUUACUCUAAUUUUUUUACAAAUCCUCCCAGGAAGAAGCUCCCUCUACAUCAUUCUUUCCACUGGGGGCAUCUUCCUCCUCAUCACCUUGGUAACAGUGUGUGCCUGCUGGACACCUUCUAAAAAGUAAGAGUAGCUAAUACACUUGUUGUGUCAUCCUUAACAAACCAGACAGAUUAAGUAAAGGCAGAUUAAGGAUUAAAUCGAGAACGUAGUAAUUUAGCAAUGUUUGUAUUCGUCAGGAAAAAACCCCCAGCCAGAAAGCCUCUCUCCAGGCAUUAUGACCGCUGUCGUCACUCACCGGUCAAUCAUACAGGUAUGGUAUCUUCAUGCUUAACAGGCUUGUGCUAUGUUAACUAUUAAUACACAAAGUGAACUGCUGGUCUGUGAUGAGCCUGAAGAGUUGGUUUUGAAAAUUGUCUGAUUUUGGGGGGUUUCUCACAGAUGACCUGCUUCCAAAAACAGCCGAGCACAAUGGAAUAAAUGCUGUAACUUCACUCUACAUCCUGCAGCAAAAGGUAUUUCUCUCAUUAACUGUAUUUUUUAUCUAUCUUUUGAUUUAGUUAGUAAAAAAUGACUGAAAAAGAAGAGUGAUGCAAGAUUUUUUUUUUUUUAACUUUCUGCAUUUAAGUAGGAUAAAAAAGCCUCAGAGCUUAGAUAUGUUACAGUGUCAUCUGCGUAAAAUGAUCAUUUGCACUUGAGACAUUUUAAUGUUAUUGCUGUAAAGAAUAAAAAGCAGUGGUCCAGAGACUGAUUCCUGAGGUACCUUCUGCUUGCACACACCUUUGCCUAUAAUUGACAGUCAAAAACAGGAGACCAGUUGACUGACAGGGUCAAGCAAGUGCAUGCAUCAGCAAUCUAGAAAUCUUUUACUCCCUACAUAUACUUUUUACUAGAUUUUAACCUUGAUUUUGAAUUAUACCUGUGGUUGAAGCUGUCCUUUAUUGCAGGAUCCCUCCAUGGAUGACUCAUCCAGCAACAGUAUUGACUCACCUCCAGAACUGGAUAACCCACCCAGCUACACCAGUACUCCCAGCUACAACGGUGGUCUUACCCAGUCUACUAGGUCCCCUACCCACUCCUCCUACAAGUAUACCUGAAGUCCCACCUGAUGUAUAUCUCCACGUCACUGCACAUAGGAAGUCAGGCUGUCAUAACGCAUAAUGCUCUCAUCUUCAAUAUCAACCAUCUCUGUAUCUACCUAAAGAUGGGAGAGGAUCCCAGACCAUUUUCCUGGAUCUUGCAAUUAUGCCAUUGCUGCCUGUUGACAUUUUGUUGUUAAAGAAAACUAAGACUUAAACUAAGGUUGCUUUUAAGGCCAGAGGACAGAAUAGAAAGUAAAAGAAAAGUUUAUUUAAAAUCAGAUUGUCGUUGUUGUUACCUGGGAUGAUUAAAAUGAAAACGGUGAAAUGGCAUCAAGUCUGCUUGGCGUUGACUAGGGCUCGGUAACAUGCAAGUGUCAAACUGGUGUCGAUCAAACUGUUAAGAUGAUGAACUUCUCAUUACACAUGACUGUCAGUCAAAGACUGGGUUUGUUGUGUUAUAUGUAGUAGGUCCAAAAUAAAAAAAAAUAAAUAAAUAAAAAAAAACAAUGGACCCUGUUACAAUGCUUUUCUGUCAGUGUUUCACUGAAUGAAAAUUCAGAUGGAACAUUUUAAUAUAUUCUGAAAAACUAUAUGUGACUUUUAUGUUGUGUGGACAAUAUCAACAUGUUUUUGGUGACAAAGACGUGUUAAAAUUGUAUUUGAAUUUUGUACUACUGUAAUAAAAGAAAUAUUUAAAGAAAUCUU